UCAAAGCACACACUGCCCUUUGUUAUUUACCAAAUCCUGACCGGACCAAAUCCCGAUCGCGACUCCUCUCUCAUUUCUCAGUCCCCGACUCCUCCUUUCUCUCAUUUCUCAGUCCCCGAUCCCGAUUCUCAACUUCUCUCUCAACGCAGGGUUUGGUGAUUUUGAUGGAUUCUUAGCUAAUUCGAGCAAGGAGUGUUCGUCUCAUCUCAAAGGUUGGUAUUUAAAAAAACUCCGGCGACAACAAGACAUUAAAGAUGGACCUUUUGGUCAACAAGGCACAUUCUGUUCGCCAGAGUUCAAAACUCAAUCUCGUCGCUCACGUGGCAUUUAAAGGGGUGACGUGGAUGAUGAUUUGACAGUUUAGUAAUGAAAAGGUGGGAAAUAACCGAACAAAAAAGCCCUAAAUCUCCAAAUCAACCCUAAUUGCCAGAUUCCCCUUUCCCUCCCCCUCCCCCCUUCCCCCAAGACUGAAACUUUCUGCUCAGUAGAUAGUUCUCCCCCAAAUCGGCAGUUGUAGAGAAUCUCUCUGAGGGAGAGAUCGUGGAUGUGAGAGCGGUGGGUCUUCUCCUUUGCUGUAGUCUUCAAGUCGUGGAGGCAAAUGUAAGACAUUGUAAUUUUUUUUCCUUUUCUUAUGGCGAUGGAGGGUGGUGGGUCUUUAUUUUUGUAAAUAAAAUAGUCUUCACUAUCUUUAGAUGAUUGCAUGCAUACGUCGUGUUUACUUGCCCCCAAUUUAGGGUUUUGAAGUGAAGCCCCCCCUUUUUUUUAAAUUGUUCAUAUUUUUUUUUGAAAUUAUAUUGUUUUUAAUUAAGUUAAUUUUAAAUUUAUGCAGAUGAGAGUAGUAAUUAUGGUUAAAUUCCGACAUGGUGGCUAUUUUAAUUAUAAUAAUCAUGAUUACAACAAUGAUAUAUGUGAUGUUAGGUUCAUAGACAAGGAUGUAAUGUCUAUUGAAUAUCUCAGAGAAAAAAUGUAGAAUUUGGCUACACGAAUCAGUUCACAUUGUGGUAUUGUAUUCCAGGCAUGGGUUUGAGUCAAGGUCUGUUGCCUCUUACUUUGGAAGACAAUUUGGAACUUAUGUUACAAUAUGCUCGUAAAGAAAGGGCAGUUGAGAUAUUUUCAAAUCAUGGGGUUGACAUGGCUGAAUUGGUUGACAUGGCUGAGGAUGAGGAUGGUGUGGAAACAACCAAUGCACAAGAUGAAAUAGAUCCAAUGCAAGAGAAUCAACCAAUGCAAAAGAAUGAGGUAGUGCAAGAGAUACCCAAAAAGAGAAAGAAGUUAACACCAAUUAGGGAAAAAAGUACGGAUGAAGGCCAAGUGGAGGAUGAAAUUCAAUCCAGUGAUGAUGAUGACUCAGUGGAAGAUGAGACAUAUAAGCUGGACCCUAUAGAGGCAUUUGAUAAUAAGACAGAUGAGGAUGAUGAGAAAGGGUAUGUUGAUGAGUUCACUGACAAAGUAGAGAGCGGGAAAGUUAAACAAAAUGGUUUGAAUGAGGGGAGUAGCAGUGCAGCUGGAUAUGCAAGUGAAGAUUCAAUGUGUGCUUUUGAUAGUGAGGCUGAGGGGGCUUUGGACAGUGAUGUUGAGGAGUUGCAUGAAAUUAGAAGGAUGAAUAAGGAUAAGGUAAGUGCUGCAAUUGGUAGAAUAGCAUUCAAUGCUGGUGCUAGAUUGGUAAAUGACGAUGAGGGACCUCCUGUUAGAGUGGGGGUGUUUCAGCCACUUAACACAGAGGAAGUUCAUGGUAAUGCAGUACACAAUGAUAGAGCUGCUGACAUGAAUGCACAAGGGGGUAACACAGAGGAAGUUCAAGGUAAUGCAGUACACAAUGAUAGAGCUGUUGACAUGAAUGCACAAGGGGGUAACACAGAGGAAGUUCAAGGUAAUGCAACUUCAAACACAAGGGGCACUGUAGGCAAGAGAGAAAAAUGACAAUCUUUCUGGUUGAAUUAUGAGGGAGGGUAUGAGUAAGGCCCGUUAGAUGAAAGUGAAAUAGAAGAAUUCAAUGACAAACUCCAGCCCCAUCUCAGGUUAAGAAAAUUCAGGAUGAGAAAGAAGAUUAAGUAUCCAUUCUUCAAUGAGGACGUGGAUAUGAGUUCAGUGUACUUUGCAUCUGGAUUGAAGUUUACAUCAAGGAAGGUAUUGAAACAAGCUUGACGAGGCCAUGGAUUGAAGUUUACAUCAAGGAAGGUAUUAAAGUUUACAUCAAGGAAGGUAUUGAAACAGGCUUGAACCUCCAGAUCUGUUCCUACUUGAACCUGAGCUUGAGCUUGAGCUUGACGAGGCCAUGUUGGGACUGCCACUAAUUUGAAGAUCUGAGUGAAAUGUGAGAAGGGAUGAUCUGAAACCCUAACUUCAAGUUCAUCCCCAAAUUUGAUCGCGAGUGGGGAAUGAGGAAGAUGAGAAUUUCAACGGCCUUAUUUAUCCACGCCAUUACUAAACUGUUAAAUCAUCAUCCACGUCACCCCUUUAAAUGCCACGUGAGCAACGAGAUUUUGAGUUUUGAACUCCGACGAACAGAAUGUGCCUUAUUGACAAAUAGGUCCAUCUUUAAUGUCUUGUUGUCGCCGGAGUUUUUUUAAAUAUCAACCUGGUAAAUGCGUUCGUAUAAAUAUACCAAUUUGGUAUUUUAGCCUAAAAUGAUCAAAGCCUAAGAAAGCCUGAAUAUGACUUAGGGAAAUACCUGCCGUUCAUGCAUGAUUCCAUCACAGAAUUGGACCAUGACAUAAAAGUGUUCAUUCUCUAGAUAACCUAUUUCCAAGUUAAAAGUGUUCAUCCUGUAGACAACUAUUUCUAAGUAAUCUUUCGUAC